CUCCUCUCCUCACACCAGUCCCUUUCCAGCCGCUUUCUUUCUUUCCCUUUCUCUCCACGGUACCAGUGGUAGUACGAGAAGAGCAGUCCUAGGUGAGGGUGAGAAGAGCAGUCCUAGGUGAGGGUGAGGGCAGAGAUGGCGAGCUUCAAGGGCCUUGCCGGCGAGGGGAGCGCGGCGCCGCCGCACGUCCUCGCCGUGGACGACAGCUCGGUGGACCGCGCCGUCAUUUCCGGCAUCCUCCGGAGCUCCAAGUUCCGCGUGACGGCCGUGGACAGCGGGAAGAGGGCCCUUGAGCUACUGCGCUCCGAGGCCAAUGUGAGCAUGAUAAUCACCGACUACUGGAUGCCGGAGAUGACGGGCUACGAGCUCCUCAAGAAGGUCAAGGAGUCGUCCAAGCUGAGGGGGAUCCCCGUGGUCAUCAUGUCCUCGGAGAACGUGCCUACAAGGAUCAGCAGGUGCUUGGAGGAAGGAGCCGAGGAUUUCCUGCUGAAGCCCGUCCAGCCGUCCGACGUGUCGCGCCUCUGCAGCCGUGUCCUCCGCUGAGCGCCGCGUGGUCGGGCUGCACCAUCGGACGCUCCUGCAUGGCGCGCGGGUUCAGUGUUUUGGCCUUUUGGGACGUGGACGCAUGGGCGGCAGUAGAGUAGUAGGAUGGCUGUCAGCAUGCAUGCAGUCUGUGUUUUGCUUCUGCUAAUUAAGUAGGAUGUGCCCUGUUUCCCUCUGUUAUGUAGCAGUCGACGUACUAUAUCUCCGUCAGCGUUCUAUGUUUCAGUUUCGUGUAUCUCUGUCACUGUUCAGUAAAGAGGAAGUUCGCCUCAAGCCA